AAUUAUGAUGGUAAGAUUUGCGUGAAGUGGGAAUUUAACAAACCAGAAAAGACCGUAGAAGGCCUUAGCAAAUAGCAACAAAAUUAAACAGCCUGGUUUUGAACGGAGAUAUUCCAUGGCAGAGGAAGGGAAACCCGAUGCACAGCUCUUCCAGCUUCUUUCCAAUCUCCUCAACCAGGUGGAAACACUGACAAAUCAAGAAGAAGUUGAACUGAGAUCUAAAAUAGAAACUCUUGGAUUAGAGGUUACAAAAGUUCCUUCAUCGUCAACUCAGCACCUUAACGAGUUGGAAAUAGCCAAGGAGUUGGAUAAAUUAUCAGCAAAAUUGGAUGAUGUUGAUGAGAUGAUAUCAUCAGCAAUGGCUGCAGAUCCACAAGUGCAGUCACUCUUGAGUGGUACAGCUGAUGUGUGGAUGCCAGUUAUCACUGCUACCUCUGAAGAAAGACGUAAUUUUACAGCAUCUCCUGCAGACAACACCCAAACAGAUGUGGAAAAUUCUAAAUAAUUUCCUUUUUUUCCUGUCAUUAAGUAUGAAUAUUUUUUUAA